GCAAGUUUAACAGCGGUGUAGGAUCGCAGUGUAGUACAGCAGCAGUAUUUUAUGACGAGGACCAUUUAGACCCCUUGCUAUCAGCGUAAAUUGUGUCUAAAUGCUCAGGCUAGGAUACUCCAAGGAGGUGACGCUCUACCUAACAUUACUUGUAUCAGAUAUAAUCUGCUUCGGAAUGAUACCUAAACCAAGUAAUGUCUCCUUUUAUUCACUGAACAUGAGAAACAUUUUGGUGUGGCAUCCAGGCGAAGGAGUCACUGAGAAACUGAACUACACUGUACAGUACUUAACGUAUGGAAAAAAAACAAAUGAAUUUGUGAGACAUUGUAUAAACAUUACCAGUCUGUCAUGUGAUCUCUCAGAAGAGACAAGCAAUCCUGAUAGUGCAUAUUAUGGAUGUGUAAAGGCCAGCUUAGGAGAUAAUUCAUCAGAAUGGGUAAAUACAAGAAAAUUCAGACCCAAGUAUGAUACUUUAUUUGGACCUCCAGAAUUGGACCUGAUUCCAGAUAAAGAAGCAAUUUUAAUCACAAUAAAAGAUCCAGAAGAUUGGCAAAACAACAGCAAAACUAAAAGGUCAAUGGCUGUUUACUAUCCUUCAUUGCAAUACAACAUUACUGUCUACAAUGACAAGACACGUCAAUCGUUCUUUUUUCUAUUAAAAAAUAAUUCAAUACGACUGACCAGCUUACCCAGUGGUACAAAAUACUGUGUCUCUGCCAGCUCACAUGUUCAGUUGUUUUCUAAAUACAGUAACCCUUCAGAUGAGGUUUGUGUAACCACACCACAAGAUGCAUUUUGGGGAACAAUGAUUUUCAUCAUUUAUGUAUGCAUUUUGACCCCAGUAAUCAUACUCUCACUCAUUGUUUUUGGUGGAUGCUUGAUGUAUCGUUAUGUUUUUGGAAAUAAGCAAGAGCAGCCUAAUAACCUGGUUCUACAGCAUCAUUGUGAAACUCAGAAGGAAAUUGUGCUUCUUCCAUGUGAUGAUGUCGCUUUGAGUAAAAUUGCUUUUUCUGCUCUAAACUGGUCUUCCAUUGACCCAGCUAGAAAAGGUCUUCAGACAUUGGAGCAAGAACUGGAAAAAGUUAUAAGCUAUGCACCCCAGUUAACUGCAUAUUUGCCACCCCACAUUCAAUCCUCAAAUGACCAUGGGUCAGAAUGUAUCCUGAGUGAUAACUGUGAAUAUGGAAUAGUGACAACAACUGAACAGCCAUCUGGUGUGGAUGAAGUAGAGAACAUUACUUGCCAAUCUCAGACAGGAAUCUCUUUAAAUACAUUCAUUCCCCCUUUGGACUCUCAGAUCAAUGCACUGAUAGAGCAACAAACUCAAAAUACAUGCAAAUGUGCCUAUGUAAUGCAAACAGUGAUAGUAACUUCCAAGAACAGUGAUCAGCGCAAGCUGGUCCCAAACUUAGACUUUGAAAACGAGGAUGGACAAGGAGAAGAGAGUAACAUUUUUAUUGACUGGGACUGUGAAAUGCGUAGGCUAAAUUUUCCUAUACUUGAACAUGAGGAAAAUGAACAAUAUGAACUUCAUCCCUGUGUCGUCCAGGAGGAAACAGAAAAACUUCUUUCAACAGUGUUUGUUAGACAGUGUUCAGAAGAUGUCAUUAAUAAUGAAGAUAAUGUUUAUUUAACUAAGUUAAUAUCCGACUGGGGGUUGAAUGUAAACAUGGACAGUUGAUAGCUGUCUUUUGAACACUUGUGUCCCAUUAAACGUCAGUUGUCUGGAUGAAGGUUUUUGACACCUUUAAAACAUAACCAAAUACAUUUUUGAGCCAGUAACAUACAGUCCUAGAAUGACCAAAAGGUGUGUAUUUAAAAGUACCUACCAAGGGCAAGCUGUUUAUUCUUUACAUGGAAGUGAUGUCAUAUUCCCUUUAUGUAAGGCUUGAGAUUAGUAGUAAUGAAUUAAACAUUAUUUUUUUAUAACUGAUUUUUCACAGUUAUUUGUGAUCUUAAUGCUUCCCAAUAAAUCUACACAUUAUAUGUAAUUCUUCUCUAGCCUGUAAUUAGGAAACCUGUAUUAAGGUAUGCUGUGGUGGGCUGGCGCCCUGCCCGGGGUUUGUUUCCUGCCUUGCGCCCUGUGUUGGCUGGGAUUGGCUCCAGCAGACCCCGUGACC